AUGUUUGUAUUGCAUGGAGGAAUAUUCGUUUCUUUUCAGAAGUCCAGUAGAAACAAUGAUGCAGGUGACAAUAGUGAUGAUGGUGAUGACUACGACAAUGAUGAGGACCAAGAGAGUAUUGAGACAAGGAUACCUAUCAGCCAUGAAAUUUCUUUGGACCAUGGGAACAAAACAAGUUAUUUUGCUCUUCAGGUGAAAUUCUGGGAUUUCAAUGCAAUGGAUGCAUCUCGUCGAGCCUUCAGAACUCUACAGCCUUUUGAGUGUCAUCAGAUCAAGUCUAUACAGUACAGUAUUACUGGUGAUGCUGUUCUUAUUGCUGCUGGAAAUGCACAGGUGAUGAUGAAAUAUUUAUCUCAUACUAUUCAUAACAAUUGCCAUUUAAGGGGUACCGAAAGGGUAGCAAAUGGUAUCAGGAAAAUCUUGGUUCUUAGACAAUUUUUGAAUUCUGGGAGUAAGCUCUUCCAGACAGAAAGGUUGUAUCAAAACACAAGAACGCCCAAAAAGAAAUUUGAGUUCAAAAGUUGUGGUUUUCAUUACAAAAUAGNAGAUGAGUUCAUAUCAUGUAGCAAUGACGGGACUGUGAGAAUAUGGAACACAGAAAACCCCAAGAAAAACAAAACUGUUGUCAAGACCAAGAACAAGCAAGGGAAGAAGACAAUCCCUACACACUGCUGCUUUAGUAAGGAUGGGCGAAUAAUUGCAGCAGCAUGUCAAGAUGGAUCCAUUCAAGGCUGGGACACAAGAAGACCCUUUGCAUUGCCAUUUGAUAAUGGGUUAAAAUGUAUGUCAUUAUGUAAACAUACUGUAUUUUUUUGUUAUUUUCUCAACGUUCUCUGUGGCUAUAGGACUGUGAGAAUAUGGAACACAGAAAACCCCAAGAAAAACAAAACUGUUGUCAAGACCAAGAACAAGCAAGGGAAGAAGACAAUCCCUACACACUGCUGCUUUAGUAAGGAUGGGCGAAUAAUUGCAGCAGCAUGUCAAGAUGGAUCCAUUCAAGGCUGGGACACAAGAAGACCCUUUAUCCACACCACCUAUCUACAGCGCACGGCUCAUGCAUUAGGAAGUGACACAUCAUGUCUAACUUUUUCACAUGAAGGAAACAUACUGGCAUCAAGAGGAGGUGAUGAUACUCUGAAAAUCUGGGAUCUGAGAAACUUCAAGGAAUAUCUCAAUGUUGCCAUGGAUUUANCCCGUUUUGGAUACUGUAGAGUGACGUCAUGUUUGUUUAGCCCAGAUGGUAAAAUGAUUGUAACAGGAACUUCAAUAAAGAAGGGACAAGGAUCUGGCAAGCUUGUUUUUAUGGAAAGAGACUCUUUACGGAGACUUUAUGAGUUUGAUGUGAUAGAAUCAAGUGUCGUUAGCUGCUUAUGGCACCCAAAAUUGAACCAGAUUGUGGUCGGAUGUGGAAAUGGAACCUCUAAAGUUUAUUUCGACCCUGAGAAAAGCAACAAAGCGAAGCCUCACUGUUUUGUCCAAUCGCAUUCCCUGCCAAUGUUCCGUGAGAAGCGAUUCCGAAGUAAGAAGAAAGUGAAGGAGGCAGACCGAAAAGAUCCUGUCAAGUCGCACAGACCAGACCUUCCAGUCACUGGGCCAGGUCACGGUGGUAGAGUUACAUCUGGUAUGUCUCUGUCUGCUUAUGUGGUGAAAAACUUGGCGUUAGAAAUGAAAGACGACUCCCAUCCUAGAGAGGCCAUCCUUAAACACGCUAAGGCUGCAGCUGAAGAUCCUUACUGGGUAUCGCCAGCAUAUGCACACACUCAACCCAGAACUGUCUUCCACGAAGAAGAGGACGAGGAGGAAGAUGAGGACGAAUCUCAACGCAAAAAGAUGAAAAUAUUGUAGCGUACCUGAAGAACACGAACAAACAGAUGGAGAAGAACUGGGACGGGAUGAGCUGUGCUCGUGAUGUCAUUAAGUGGAUCUUUAUAGGGAGUCCUCGAUUAUGGCAAUUUCACAGGAGGUGGUUUUUGUAAAGCUCUCAGCUUCGGUCAAAGUCAAUCGGUGGACUGCAUCAGUUAAGAAAAACGCUUAAUUUUGGAAAGAGUUUUUUUAACCAAACCUAUCUUCCAGGUUAUAAUACAAGUUUCCGUGUACAUGAGGCUCCUCACUGUCUACUCCACUGAAUAAUCAUUUAAGCGGACAAUGGGCUGACAUUUAUGAAUAAAUUCCAUCUGUUGGAAUUAAAA